AUGGCGAGCUCCCGUGGCCGGUGGGCGAGCCCCGAGCGGACCGUCGUGUGGACGGAGCCGCCGCCCAAGACAUCCUCCACCGCCAGGCGCGCCGGUGCGUCGGCGCUGCCGACGAAGGUGGCCGUGGUGUACUACCUCUCCCGCAACGGCCAGCUCGACCACCCGCACUUCAUGGAGGUCGCCCUCUCCUCGCCCCAGGACGGACUCUGCCUCCGAGACGUGCUGGACCGGCUGACGGUGCUCCGGGGCGCCGGCAUGGCGGACGCCUACUCCUGGUCCUCCAAGAGGAGCUACAAGAACGGCUACGUCUGGCACGACCUCACCCCCGACGACCCCGUGCACCCCGCCAACGGCAACGAGUACGUCCUCAAGGGCUCCGAGCUGCUCGUCCUCCCGCAGCUCCCCGCGCGCCCGCGCGACGCCUCCACUUCCUCCUCCUCCUCCUCCACCUCGAGCUACCAAGGGGAAAACAACAAGAAGAUGCCGGCGGCGUCCAGGGCGUCCGGCCGGCGCAAGAACUGGAGCUCGUUCGACCUGGGCGAGUACCGUGUCGCCGCGGUCUCCCGCGGCGCCGACGCGCUCGCGGCGGACGCGGCCACGCAGACGGACGAGCGCCGGGCGGGCCGGCGCGGCCGGACCGCGCCGCCGGCGUCUGAGGAGCAGGAGGCGGCGGCGCGGACGGAGCUGGGCAUCGACGAGAUCUCGCCGCCGCCGUCGUCGAGCAGCCCCGACACGCUGGAGACGCUCAUCCAGCACGACGCCCGGCUCGCCCUCGCGAGCGCGGCCCCGACGCAGCCCGCCGCGGGGGCGGAGGUGGGCGUGAUCUCGGGCGGGCGGAUGCGCGCGUCGGCGGUGCUCAUGCAGCUCAUCUCCUGCGGCUCCAUCCCGGCGCCCGCCAAGCGUGACGGGGGGCAGGCGAGGUACGGCGCGGAGCGGCGGCUCCCGCGCGGGCGGUCGGACCUGAGCAGCAGCACGGGCACGGCCGCGGACGGGUUCUCCGGGCAGCAUUCCGGCGUGGGCGUGAGCAUGGAGCGGGAGUACUUCAGCGGGAGCCUCGUCGAGACCAAGAAGGCGGCGAGGGAUGACCGUGCCGGCGUCGGAGGCGAGCUCGGCGCGCUCAAGAGGUCGUCGUCGUACAAUGCCGACAGGGCAAGGGAUACGAUGAACACUAGCAGCUGCAACAAGUUUGAGCUGGCGGAGGAGGAGGUGGACGGCGUCCGUGCCCGGUGCAUCCCCGCCGGGAGGAAGCCCGGCAGCACCAACAGGGCAAGGGAUACGAUGAACACUAGCAGUUGCAACAAGUUUGAGCUGGCGGAGGAGGAGGUGGACGGCGUCCGAGCCCGGUGCAUCCCCGCCGGGAGGAAGCCCGGCAGCACCAACAGGUUACCGGCCAGCAGCCGGCGCAGCAGCCAGCCGGAACCUGCUGCGUUAACUGAAGAAAACUAG